AUGGCCCACCUUUUCUCUCCGGCCAAUCGCUUUCACACUUGGCGAAAGCUCUGGCUUAAUCUUGCAGUUGCGGAGAAGGAGUUGGGGCUGUCCAUAUCCGCCCAAGCGAUCGAGGAAAUGAAGGAGAAUCUCUACCUCGACGCGAAACAAUUCGAGAUCGCUGCGCAGGAAGAGAAGAAGAGGCGCCACGAUGUCAUGGCACAUGUUCACACCUUCGGCCAGGUCGCGCCUGCAGCUGCCGGGAUCAUCCACUUGGGAGCGACUUCGUGCUUCGUUACCGACAACGCAGACCUCAUAUUCAUGCGCGAAGCACUCACUAUGCUUCUGAAGAAGCUCGCCGUUGUCAUCGAUCGUCUAUCCAAAUUCGCUGCCCAGUAUCGCGACCUCCCCGCACUUGGGUUCACGCACUUCCAGCCUGCACAGCUAACUACGGUCGGCAAGAGGGCAACACUUUGGCUGCAAGAGCUAUUGUGGGACCUCCGAAACAUCAAACGGGCUCGCGAUGAUCUCGGGUUCCGUGGCGUCAAGGGAACAACUGGCACGCAGGCCAGUUUCCUUGCUCUAUUCGAUGGAGAUCACGAGAAGGUCGAAGAGCUCGACCGUCUCGUCACGUCGCUCUCCGGAUUUAGUUAUGCUUAUCCCGUGACGUCUCAGACCUAUUCACGGAAGAUCGACGUGGAUGUCCUGGCUCCACUGUCAAGCUUCGGCGCGACGGCCCACAAACUUGCGACUGAUCUACGGCUACUAGCGAAUCUGAAGGAAGUCGAAGAGCCGUUCGAGUCCACACAAAUUGGGUCUUCUGCGAUGGCCUACAAGCGCAACCCCAUGCGCUCCGAGCGCAUCUGCAGUCUGUCGCGCCACUUGAUGGUCCUCCACCAGAACGCGCUCAUGACCUCGAGCGUGCAGUGGUUCGAAAGGACGCUGGACGACAGCGCCAACCGCCGGAUCACGCUGCCCGAAGCUUUCCUCACAGCUGAUAUCGUUCUUACAACAUUGCAGAACGUCAGUGAGGGCCUCGUUGUGUAUCCCAAGGUCAUCGCUCGACGUAUCGGGCAGGAGCUGCCGUUUAUGGCGACGGAAAACAUCAUCAUGGCCAUAGUGAAGAGCGGUGGCGAUCGUCAGGAAGCACACGAAAAGAUCAGGGUCCUCUCCCAUGAAGCUGCGCACCAAGUGAAGAGCCUUGGGCUGGAGAACGACCUGAUCGACCGCGUUCGUGCUGAGCCUUACUUCGACCCCAUCAAGUCCCAGCUCGACGCGCUGCUCGAUCCGAAGAGUUUCAUCGGCCGUGCUCCCGAACAGGUCGAUCAAUUCUUGAAGGAGUGGGUGCAGCCUGCGUUAGCGGACGAAGAAUUGAAGUCCGUUAUCGAGAAGGGCGAAAAGGCUGAGCUGAACGUAUGA